AUGAAGGGCAUAAGAAUUGGCCUUACCUUGGUUUUCGGCUUGGCAACAGCAUCUCUAGGAUCUGUCUUUCACCAUGACGACUCCUUUCAACCGGAUCACGUUCUGCGAGUCACAUCUGAAAUUUUUACUGAAGCAUGUACGAAUAGAUAUUCAGUUCUUGUCAAUGGAUCAUCACCCGGUCCGGAACUGCGCCUCAAGGAGGGGCAGGUGAACUGGAUCCGCGUCUAUAAUGACAUGAAGAAUGAGAAUACCACGAUACACUGGCAUGGCCUCACGGCUUUUACGGCCCCCUUCUCCGAUGGUGCACCGGCGGCAAGUCAGUGGCCCAUUCCUGCAGGUCACUUCUUUGACUACGAAGUCAAACCCGAAGUUGGUACUGCAGGAACCUACUUCUACCACUCCCACGUUGGAUUCCAAGCUGUCUCUGCUAAGGGUCCCCUGAUUGUGGAUUCAUGCGACCCUCCGCCCUUCUCUUACGACCAGGAGCGUACGAUUCUGCUAUCUGAUUUCUUCAAUGAGACUGACAAGCAUAUCAUCGACGGACUGACAUCGACCAACUUUACAUGGAGUGGGGAGACCAAGGCAAUACUGGUGAAUGGACAAAGUCGUCAGGCGACUAAUGAUACAGGAUCCUGCCAAUUGGCCUCAAUCUCUAUCGAGCCGGGCUUGUCGUAUCGCUUGAGAUUCAUUGGGGCCACCGCUUUGUCAUUUAUUUCUCUUGCCAUCGAAAGUCACGAUAUUACUAUCAUCGAGGCAGACGGCCACAACACCAAGCCUCUGAAUACUAGCUUCUUGCAAAUUGGAAGCGGUCAGAGAUAUAGCGUGCUCUUGACUGCAAAAUCUGAAGCAGAGUUGAAAAAUGCCAACAAACGACACUUCUAUAUUCAACUUACGACUCUCGCGAGACCAGAGACUCUAACAAACUUUGCCGUUCUGCAAUAUUCUGGCGGAACUGAUGUCGAUUUGAAGACUGUCCCCUCGCCGCCACCACUGCCUGUAGCGGAGAUCGCUCAAGGGUGGCUUGAUUAUGAAUUAGAAUCGUUGCAUCCGGACCACGGAUUCCCCAAUUUGGAAGAAGUCACACGCAGAAUAAUCAUCGACGUUCACCAGAAUGUCAGCGAUCAUGUCAUUUGGCUCCAAAACGGAUAUGACUGGGUGCAGAACUUUCCGCAAUCACCAUACCUGAUCGACAUCUACAAUGGAAAACUUGACACUUCUGCCACUUACCAACGAGCGAUUUCCCGUGGUAAUGGAUUCGACAAUAUUACCCGAACCUUCCCCGCCAAAAUCGGCGAAGUCAUCGAAAUUGUCUGGCAGAAUCAAGGCACCUUUGACAAUGGAGGUGUUGAUGCCCACCCUUUCCACGCCCACGGCAGACACUACUAUGAUAUCGGGGGAGGUGAUGGGCAGUACAAUGCCACCGCUAAUGAGGAGCUUAUCGGUUCCCAUCGUCCAAUUCAACGUGACACCUCUGUGCUUUACAGGUACCGGGAGAAGACGAAGCCUCUCGCCCCGUCUGGAUGGCGAGCUUGGCGGAUAAGAGUCACGGAUGCAGGUGUCUGGAUGUACCAUUGCCAUAUCCUUCAGCAUAUGGUCAUGGGAAUGCAGACAGUUUUUAUGUUUGGGGAUCGGGAGGAUGUCUUGUCGCAAUCAGGGCCUGUUGGGUCUGGGUAUCUGACUUACGGAGGCUCGGCGUAUGGAAAUGCGACACAUUCGCCAGUUGUGCGGCACUUUUAUGAAUAG